ACAAAAGUAAACCAAAGUAAGUGGAAAAUGUAUAUAAUCUAUCAUCACCUAGAAUUAAGGCCUCAAGGACAUGUCUUUGUUAUCCAAAUCAAGAGGGUAAUUCGGUCAUUUGGAGAUUGAUGAGUUGUGGAAUCAAAAUAAUAGCAACAAUAUCAUGUUUUAAAUAUAAGAAACAAGUCACAAGCAAAUGGAGUAUUCCCAUGUUACAAAUACUAAUAACUCUCAAGCAGAAAGGGUCCCUAAACCCUUUCAUGUUAGUACACGUCACAAUGAAACAUAUCAGCUUUCAUUCAAAUUUCAUCAUCUUCAAAACAAUUGAGAAUAACCAAGAAGAAAACAAAUGCAGACUAUUCCAAAGAAGGGAGAACAUUGUUGGUUGUUUUGGUUUCAUUGCCUCUUCUCUUUGUAAUGUAAACUUCCUUCCUAGGAAAGCAAAACCACAAGAAUGUUUCUUCUUAUUUUUGUGAUCAAACCAAUUUCGAUUCCAAAAUCCUACUUAUUAUAAUUGUGAUUUUUGUUUAAAUAUGGUCCAAAGAAAAGGCUGCAGUAAGCUUGGCAUCCAAGUUGAUCAUGUCCGAUCUGACAAGAGUGUGGCAAACCUGAAGCUAGCUUAUUCUCAACGCCAAAAUGGCACCAGCAUAGGAAAUGAUGGGAUGAAGAAAAUGAAAAAGUCGAGUUCAAUUAAGCUUUCGGGUUCGGAGACUCUUCAAUCACUACCUCCAAGGAAGAGCUUAUCUCAAUCAACAAAGUUGUUACCUUUUCAUAUUCCAACCAUUGCAGCAACCCCACAAAAGCAUAAUAAGCCUUUGUUUAGAAGCUUACCCAAUUACAUAAAGCCCACCUGCAGUUCAGAUGCAAAAAAGGAGCUUUUGCCAGUGAGUCUUCAGAAUAAGCAAGGUGGCUCAGAUGGUAAGAAUCUACCACAAAAAGUUUCUCUGAAAAAUUCAAAAUCAAGUUAUGUUUCUAACAAAAAAACUGCAAAAUCUAUGUCAAGAUUAUCUAGUGUGAAUUUGGUGAAAACAUUAACAAAGACUCUUAGUUUUAAGCCAAGUACAACUUGUCCGAGAAAAUCUACCAUGGCAGUGUUGUGUGCGGAUAUUAACGCACCAGACAGAGCAACCUGCUCUUCAAUUUUGAAGGAUUCCAAGUACCCUGCAUACCUUGUACAUAAUCUUAGGGGUAGCGAGUCCAAGGAAGCUUUGAUCAUAAAGGUUUGCCCAUAUACAUAUUGUUCUCUCAACGGCAAUCACCAUGAUCCUUUGCCUCAAUUUAAUCACAUCAUGUCAACAAGGAGGUGCCUUUUGAAGACUCAGAAAAGUAAAAAGAUGGAAGCUCCUCAAAAAUUGAAGGUGCCUUGUGAGACAAGGAAGGACUUUGAUAUUGAGCAGAUUGUCUUCGAUGGAAUACCUGCAUGCGAUGAAGCUGAUAGGCGUAAUCCAAUAAUCAUUCCCUUCAUACAGAAAAUUGGUAUGGAUUUCGUUAUUGAAGUCUGUGACAAGGAAAGGAGAAAAGCAUACGAAAUGGGAAGAUCUGACACUGUCAAACAUCUUGAGGAUCAAGAAGGUAUCAAGUUUGUUGUGGAAGGGAAUGACAACACAACAGAAGAGGAAGAUCUGACUCUAUGUGUGCCUUGUGAUCUCACCAAGUUUGAGAUCAAUCCAAAGGUGGAAUUCAAAAACUAUUUUGACACUUCUGAAAUUGAAGAAGAUACCAAUGAAAGCUUUCACCAAAAACCAUGCGCUGAAGAUGCAGAAAAAAACCAUUCACCUAGAUGGUUUCAUGAAGAAAUAUGUGCAGGAAGCUACUGCCACGAGGUUGGCUAUGAUGAGGAACACAUGGAGACUACUGAAUUGGAUUAUUAUGAUUCCCAAGGUGAUAUGGAGUGGGAUAAGGAACAAAUUUGUUUAGUCAAAUUUGGGCAUCUGAAAAACACAGGAGAUAAUGAUAGAGAAAUUGAAAAGUGCAUGGAUAAUGAGGCCAGUUGCACCUCGAUGGUACUUGAUGAAGAUACAAUUGACAAUAAUGAAGGUCACAAGAUCUGUGAAAUCUGGAAGUUUGAGGAGAGCUGUGAAGACAACAACACAAAACUAGAGAAUGACGGCAAAGACAUUGGCCAAAGGAACCAAAUUCCCUCAUCUGAUGUGCCUGAAGAGAGUAUCAUUAUUGUUCAGGACAAGGAAUUACUAGAGGAAGAUCAAGUUACAGACACUAAGUUCCAAACCAUAAGCUGCAUAUGUGGUGAAAAGUGGAACACAAGCAAUAAUUGGCAAUGGCCAGCUAAGAACAAGAGACCUAUGCAAGAUGUUGAGGAAAUGAGAAAGAUCAACCCAAGAAAGCCAAAUUUCCUGCCCUUGGCAGCUGACUCAGAACCAGAGAGGGUUGAACUGAAGCAUCAAAUUAUGGAUGAUAGAAAAAUUGCAGAGGAAUGGAUGCUUGAUUUUUCACUCAGACAAGCUGUCACAAAACUUGCUCCAGCUGGGAAAAAGAAGGUUGCAUUGCUUGUUGAAGCUUUUGAAACAGUAAUGUCAACAUCGCAAUGCGAAACUUAUAAGAACAAUUCAUCUUUUUCUCAUGCAAAACCUAUUCAAGCUUGGAGCUAAUAUAUGUUGUUGAGGGUAAAAAAAAAAGAGGCCUUAUUCUUUUUUGGAAGUGUUAUCUUGCACAGGUAGCAGAGGAGUAAGAAACCAAGAGAAAGCCAAUCUUUAGGAGCAAUCUGCAAGCCUAUUACAACAAGUAACUUGUUCUGCGUCUCCUUUCUGAAGCAUGAAGAAAAUUCGGCUUGCCGGAUUCUUUACAUGGAAACAGAAACAUAAGAAUGAGGUUGUGUCGUUUCCACUAACAUUGGUGGAUUUUCUCCACCAAUUUGUUUGAUGUAUUCUGGGUUUUUUUCUGUGCUGAUGCACAAGUGCUUUCAUGUUUUAAUAUAUAAGGGGCACUCAUGCUCUAAUCUGUUAAUUUAUUC